AUGACGACGACAGCAAGUACAUCGUCAAAUUUACCUGAUAAAGAUCAAAUUCGUGUACAUGUUCAACGUGACGGUUUGAUUGAAAGACAAAGAUUUAAUACACGAGUUUGGAGACAAUUAUGUAAAUAUGAUGGUGGAGAAGAAUGUUAGACAUUUGUUGCUUAUAGAAGUCUUUGUGUUGGACAUUAUCAUCAAACAUCAGAUAUAACUGUUAAUGAAUCAAAACGUAGACAAUUAAUUCAACAAUCAGCAACUGCUGUUACAUCAUCAAAGGCAACAAUGAUACCAUCAAAAAUUCACUGUUGGUAGUAUUAUUAUUAAUAUCAAAAUUUUCUUAGAAUGCAAAUUAUUUUAUUUUAUUUUUAGCUAUUGAAACACCUUUAACUCUUGGUCUUAAAAGUAGGUUAUUGAUUUGUUUAAUGAUAUAUUUCUUUUUUGUUUGAAUUCUAAAUAGAUUGGCGACG